AUGCCGACCGAAGGAGUCGAGUUCACCACUAUUGGUGUUGUUGGCGUAGGCAGCAUGGGGGCUGCGAUGAGUCUUCUUUUCGCCGAGAACGAUUAUCGUGUCUUCUUCUACGACCCUAGCAAAGAAAACAUAGACAAGUUGAGAAGAGACGCCAUGAAUCUUGGUCUGGAUGACCGUGUCACGGCACGGGAGAGCUAUGAGGAUCUGUGCGAGACUGUGAAGGCGCAAAGCAAGCCGGGUGUGUUCGUCUUCAGCACCCCGCAUGGCUCCGUCGGCGAUGAAGCUAUUCAGGGUCUUUUGUCGGGUGGCAAUCUGGAGAGGGACGACAUCAUAAUCGACUGCGCGAAUGAGCAGUGGCAAGCUACUGAAAGACGACAACGAGAGCUCGCGCCAAAAGGCAUUCAUUAUAUCGGAUGCGGAGUGUCGGGCGGUUACCAGAGCGCCAGAUCCGGUCCCUCUUUCUGUCCCGGUGGUGAUCCCGACGUGGUACGCCGGAUUCUCCCUUUUCUGGAAAAGCUCGCGGCCAAGGGGCGAGACGGCAAGCCUUGCACAGGCCUCGUGGGACCGGGAGGAAGUGGGCACUUUGUGAAGAUGGUUCACAAUGGCAUCGAGCAGGGCAUGAUGUCUGUACUGGCAGAAGUGUGGUCGAUCAUGAUGCAGGGCCUCGAAAUGAGCUAUUCUGAGAUCGGAGCUGUGUUCGACCAGUGGAAUUCGUCGGGCCCUUUGCAUGACUGCUUUCUCAUCAAGAUCGCAGUCGACAUCUCAAACGCUAGAGAUGAGUAUGGAGAGGAUCCUCUGGGCCAUAUCAGAGACAAGGUCGUGCAGGAUGUUGACGAGACUGAGGGAACCGGCAACUGGACCUGUCGAGAUGCCAUCAGCCUGCACAUCCCUGCAGCAACGAUCGUCAGCGCUCAUCUGUUCCGGUUUGCGUCCGCCUUUGCCGGACAACGCAAGCACAACAAAGAUGCUGCGAAUGGAGGCGUGGAGUCGAGAACGCUGGACGUCACCUCCAGAGAAGACUUUCUCAAUCAUCUGCAGAAGGCGACUUACUUUGGAUUCCUUACUUGCUUUGCACAGGGUAUGGACAUGAUCCAGGCUCAGGACGCCAAGAUGACCUGGAAGCUCAACUACAGAAAUAUUCUCCAACUGUGGCGCGGCGGAUGCAUCAUCCAGACGGACGGCAUCGUCGACGUGCUUGACGCCAUGUACAGUCGCGAGGACCGCAAUAUCGAAGACGACGUACUUUCCAACCACGAGGUUGGAAACGAUCUAUCAUGCAACUUCUCUGCCACGAAGGAAGUCAUCCUGAAAGCUGUUGAGGCAGACCUCUGUGUCCCUGCGUUGAGCCAAAGUCUCGAGUAUUACAAAUACUCAACGUCGAAUGAGCUUCCCACGCAAUUCAUGGAGGCGGAGCUAGAUUACUUUGGAAAACACAUGUUUGACAAGAUGGAGGACGUUUUCCCGGGCGAGCCCAAAGCAGGCCAGCAUCAUUUCGAGUGGAAGCCAGCCAAAGGAAAGAGAGAUUAG